CGAGGGUUGUUUGGAUUCCCGGGGAUAUUGCCGUAUAGAGUGCCCAUCACUACAGUCGUGGGUAAACCCAUGGAUGUGCCGCUAAUACCGGAGCCAUCGCGCGAACAGAUCGCAGAAUAUCAUCGAAAAUAUAUCCAAUGCGGUCGUAUAAGCCAUUGGGUGAGGAAUAUGUCGAUUUGGAGACAUUACGCCAACUAUUUUCCCGUCAAAUUAGUCAAAACCGAGGACUUGGAUCCCGAGAGGAACUACAUGUUUGUGUGUCACCCGCACGGCGUAAUGGUGGCUUCACAUAUGGCUAACUUUGGCACUGAGGGCACCGGUUUCUCACGAUAUUUCCCCGGUCUUACCCCUCAUUUGCUAACACUGGAGAGUGUAUUAAGUCAGCCAUUUAAAAGGGAACUGCUACUUUCUAUGGGACAGGUAUUGGCACUGAUAGUAGGCGGCGCUCUCGAGUCAUUUGACACAAUUCCCAAUACAAUGAGAUUAACGUUAAAUAAUAGGUUCGGGUUCGUUAAACUGGCACUCGAGCACGGGUUAACAUAA